AUGAAUUAAGAAGAAUAUAUGAAUAGAAUCUUUAAAACCUAGGUAGCCAAAUCAACUUUUUUAAUCUGUCUUUAAUAUUAACCCUAAUUGUUUUAAUACAGUAUAAUUUAUCAUUUACUUUUAAGUAAUGCCUUAAAUGCAUUGUGAAGACAAUUAUUUAUUAAAUACAGUACAUGCUAGUGUUUAAGAAAGAAGCAUUUUCAAUAAACAGGAAUAAUAAUAAAAUUUAGACAUUUAACGAUAAUCUUAAGUGUUAUAAGAACCUUUAUGUAUAAAGAAUGAAACAGAGAGAGAUAUAUAUUAGACUAAAUUCAAUGGUAUUUAGAAAAUCUAUUAUCAAAUAUAGGUCAUUGGACUCAAUAGGAACAUGAAUUAUAUCUUGAAUUUAUAAAAAAUCACUUUGAUAUUUUAAAGUCACAAUAUGAUAAAAAAUCCAAAAAGAUUUUUAAAAUGAUGAGUUAAUUUAUACCUACAAGAACAGCCACUUAGUGUAGAUCACAUCAUUAAAAAUUCAAUCCAUUACAAUAGAUUAAGAGAAAGAAGAAAUCAAAGUGA